UAAAAACCUGGCGUGGCAGAUUGCGUCUGACUGGGAGAAGAACCGUGUUACUUUUAUUAGGAUUCCUCAUCAUUCCGGAAUAACAAUGGUGGAUUACGAAGUGACCGUCUACACUGGUGAUCGAGUUCACGCCACCACCAUUAACCCGGUGCACAUUAAGUUAGUGGGCACAGAAGGCGAGAGUGCCCGCACGUGGCUGAGGUCUUUGGUCAUCUUCAGAGGAGCGGUCGCAACCUAUACUGUUUCCUGCCCAAAGUCCCUUGGACAACUGGUUCUGAUAGAACUAGACAAGCGACAAUUCUUCAUUUUGCCUGGUGACGCUUGGUUUCCUGACAAGGUGGAAAUCAUAUCACCUGAGAAAACCAUCUACACCUUUCCCAUCCACUGCUGGAUCUGUGACAGCGAGACUCACCGCUACAGAGAGGGCAAAGCUCUGAGGAUCUUUGACGAAAGCAACUCUCUUGGCCAGUACGCGAGACAGCAGGAGCUGAGUCAGCGAAGUGUAGACUACGCCUGGGAAUUCUAUGGCCCAGGUAUGCCCGACACCAUAAAGGCAGAUGGUGCAAUGACCUUGCCAGAUGAAGUCCAGUUCUCCUUCACCAAAACGACAGAGUUUGCAUUCACAGCGGCCACAGGGUUGGUUGAGCUUCAGCUAAAAGGGCUUGUUGACAACCAGGAAAAUUGGAAAGAUCUUGACGAUAUCAACGACGUGUUCCGUAACAAAGGCACGCCCUUAUCAGACUAUGUGCAGGAACACUGGACGGAGGACUGGUUAUUUGCAUACCAGUUUCUAAAUGGAGUCAAUCCCACCUUGAUUCAACGUUGCAAAACUCUACCUGGGAAGUUCCCUGUGACUGAUGACAUGGUCUUCAUCCCCGAUGGUUCAAACUUGUCAAAUGAGUUGAAGAAAGGCAACAUAUACCUUUGCGACUACAAGAACCUGGACGGAAUACCAGCAAACACAGUCCAAGAGAAGCAGCAGUAUUUGACCGCUCCUCUUGUCCUGCUUCACAAAAGACCCGACGACAAGCUAAUGCCUAUUGCCAUUCAGCUGAAGCAGACUCCAUCUAAGGACAACCCCAUCUUUCUCCCAACUGACUCUGAAUAUGACUGGCUGACGGCUAAGAUUUUUGUGAGAAGUGCCGAUUUCUCAGAGCACCAGCUCAACGCUCACUUGCUGCGCACCCACCUGCUGGCGGAGGUUUUUGCCGUGUCACUGCUACGCAACCUGCCCAUGGUGCAUCCAAUCUACAAGCUCCUCAUACCCCACACUCGAUACACUCUGCAGAUCAAUGAAUUAGCUCGGGUACGGCUCAUAGGACCCGCUGGAGUCUUCACUCUGAUUGCAGCUUCUGGUGGAGAGUCUUUGUCAAAGAUCUUGGCAAGAUCACUGUCCUCCAUCACCUACAGGUCCCUUUGCAUCCCCGACAACAUUGAUGACCGUGACUUGCAGGACCUGCCAAACUUCUACUACAGAGAUGAUGGACUCCAACUGUGGAACAUCAUCUUCGAAUAUGUGCAGCGAGUGAUAAAAUACUACUACAAAAGCAAUGACGAGGUCCAGCGAGACUCAGAACUGCAGACUUGGAUUGGGGACAUUUUUAAACACGGAUUCCUUUCCCAGCUACAAACAGGUAAUCAUUACAUGAGUGCACAUUUGCCUCACUCGCAUCCACCUGAAAGUUCAAACGCCUCUCAGUCUUGCGUUUUUCUUUCCUUCACAGGAAUCCCUCAAAAUUUUACCACUGUGUCUGAACUGAUCAAGUUUGCCACCAUGGUGAUGUUCACUUGCUCGUGCCAACACGCAGCUGUGAACAGCGGGCAGUACGACUAUGGUGGCUGGAUGCCCAACUUCCCCACCACCCUGCAGCGUGCUCCCCCGACCAAAAAAGGGACGACUAGCAAAAGCACGAUCCUCGAGACCUUGCCCCCUAUCAACGUGACUGCUCAGGGAAUGGCCACAGUGUGGCUGCUCAGCAGGCAGUCCUCCGACUUUGUCCCACUCGGACAUUACCUCGAGUACCAUUACACCGAAAAGACUCUCCGCCAGUUGCAAAAAGAUUUCAAAAGCGAUCUUGACAAGUUGUCGAUCACGAUCAACAACAGAAACAAAGGUCUGGAAAUCCCGUACACUUACUUGGAUCCAAAGAAUGUCGAAAACAGUGUGGCCAUCUAAACAUCGGAAAGCCAGGCACAAUCAAACGGUAUCGCACCAUGAAUCGCGAAUGCUUGAUGUUGAGAUGUUCAUAAAAUUAAAGUGUGGUUCAUUUUGCCGAUGUCUUGUUUAAGGUUUGAGGCCAGCAAACUUUAUGAUUUUGGAGCUGCAAAACGGGCUAGAUAUGAAAAUGUGUCCGUCAAAUAUAUUUUGGAGGGGAUGCUGCUCAGUGUCAUCUUGAAUACUUGCAUCAAAAAAGUGUCAAACCCUGAAAUUAUUCAGCUUUGUAUGUAUGUGUGAUGUUUAUAUAUAACAGAAUCAAGACAUCUGAUUAUUGAGCAAAAUCAGUUUUUCCAUGACAACACUUGGAGUUCAUUACUAGUCAUACUUUCUAAUAAAUUU